AAUAGUUACUGUCAGUUAUCUUGGCUUCAAAGGAGGUCAUACUACGGAUGUUACUUCAAAGGAAGUGCUCUCACAAACAAAACAGACACAACCAUAGUAAGUCUCCAAUCCCAGUCGGGGCAGUUUAUAUCCAAUGUACAUAAAACACGACUGGGCUUGUCUUUACACAGUUAUUACGGUAAAUGACAGCGUCAAUUGCCCUAUGUGCCGUAAAUCGAGUCGAGUGUCGUCCUCCCUGCGCACAGUUUUGUGUGCGAGCAGUGUUAUUUUAAACGUAACUGUGUAACUAACGUAAAACUUCAAUUCAGCAUUAGUUUCUUUUAUUUUAUAACAAAAAGGGAAAACUGCUGCACGAUGAUUAAUAUUUUUUCGUCUCCAUUCCAGAGGUUGUUUUAUAUGAAUUGGUCAACCGACGGUUAGCUUAUGCUAAUGCUACAAGGCGUUAGUUUGGUUUUCUGAACGAGCUGAUCUUCCUGUAUAUAAAGUGUACACGCAAUGACAGGUAACAUAGGCGACUCGUCGCCUUUAUCCGGAGUUAAUGUAGUUUUGGUUAUGGCCUAUGGCAGCUUGGUGUUUGUGUUGUUAUUUAUCUUCGUUAAAAGGCAAAUCAUGCGUUUUGCAAUGAGAUCCCGUCGAGGACCACAUGCACCAAUCGGACACAAUGCACCAAAGGGUUUGAGGGAGGACAUUGACCUGAGACUCUCCAAAGUUCAAGAUAUCUGUUUUGAACCCCGUCUUCUGUCAGAAGAAGAUGACAGGCUGAAGCAGGGAUUACAGAUCAGUUGCUACAACUACCUGUACAGAAUGAAAGCCCUGGAUGCCAUCCGUGACUCAGGAAUUCCUCUGCAGGAGAUUAGCUGCAGUCCCAACGCCUUCACAGGACGCAGCUUCAGGAACUGGCUCCUAGAAUUGCGCAACUCUCACUCCCUGAUCAAAAGCAGCCACAGUGUGCUCAUUGAUCGCCUGCUGGAGGGCUAUGACAUAGCUCGCCAUGGAACUGGGAUGUUUGGAGAGGCAGAGUUUCUUGAAUACCAGCAGGCUCUCAGUGAACUGGUUGACGUUGUUAAGGCCUAUUCCAGCAGCACUAGUCUGGACCAGCAGCACCAGUCUGCAGCCAAGGAUCUGACUGGCUCUCCUGUUCGCAGCACUCCCUCCACCAUCCAGGUCACUUACCUGCCCUCUACUGGCCAGCGCAGCAAGAGGCCCAAACACUUUCUGGAGCUUAAAAGUUUCAAGGACAACUAUAACACACUGGAGAGCACGCUGUGAAAUAUUUCCGCAUGGACUGACAGGCACAUGUUGUUGGUUUUGGGCUGUAAGAAUGUUGUAAAACAUAACAGUACACACAGAGAGGGAAUGCAAAAGAUUUUGGACAGGGCUGUAAAGGUUCAGACUAAUGUAAACAGUAAUAAGAUGUUUUGGUAUGAUCCUACCUUUUUAUUUAGAUGAUGCACAUGUGUGCAGGUUAAACCAAAGCUGUUUUGUUGUGGACCUGAUUUUAAUUAUGAUUGUAGCCUUUUAGGGCCUUCAGUGUUUUUAU